GUAAUGCGGUAUUCUCACGAUCAAACAUGGCAACUCGAGUUCGAGGAGAAAUGGAUGACCUUCUCGAUCUGGAGGAGGAGGAAAUGUUGUGCUAUUUACUUUUGUUGCUACAACAGAAAAAACGAAAACGAAGAAGAUAGUCAGUUUGACCACUUCACGCUUCUAGAAAAAGUGAGGGUGAAUACGUUCUUGUUCAACAAAUGAGAGGCAUAGACGAAGAAAUGCAUUUUAAGUAUUUUCGUAUGUCUUCUGCCCGUUUCGACGACUUGGCACAUCGAAUUAUGCCUCAUGUAAAGCAUGCAUCUACGCAUUUAAGUCCUGUUAGUGUAAAAGAAAGGCUAGCAGUUACGUUAAGAAUUCUAUCGUCUGGCGCCUCACAACAAACUGUGGCUUCAAGUUACCGAUUAGGAUCAACUACAGUUUCCCUAAUUUUGUUGGAGGUUUGUGUAGCUAUCUGGUUGGCAUUGAAUGAAGAGUUUGUUGCCUUUCCUUCUGGUUCACAAUGGGCAGAAAUUUCGCGUGAGUUUUGGAGGCUUUGGAACUUUCCAAAUUGUCUGGGCUCUAUAGAUGGAAAGCAUGUGCAACUCAAAGCACCUCCUCUUUCUGGAAGUGAUUUCUUUAAUUAUAAAGGAACUCAUUCUGUUGUCCUAAUGGCUGUAUGUGAUGCUUGCUAUCGCUUUCUAAUGGUAGAUGUAGGUGCAUAUGGAAGGCAAAGUGAUGGGGGGGUUUUCCAAGAAAGCAAAUUUGGGGAGCAGCUAUUAAAUGGACAACUUGGUUUGCCCUUGCCAGAGGAUCUACCUGGUAGUAAACUUACAUUACCUUAUGUAUUUGUUGGCGAUGCUGCUUUUCCUCUUCAUGUUAUUAUGAUGAGACCUUACCCAGGUAAUAACCUUGACAAUCCCAAGAAAAUUUAUAACUACCGCCAUUCCAGAGCUAGAAGGGUAAUUGAAAAUGCCUUUGGUAUCAUCACUGCUAGAUGGCGAAUUCUUGGAAAACCAAUGGAAUUUUACCCUGAGAAAGCUGCUCAAAUUGUGAAGGCAUGUGUUGCACUUCACAAUUUCUUGUUAUUUACUGAUGCUGCUAAUAUACCUAGCACUAGAUAUUCCCCUCCCAAUUUCAGUGAUUCAACCACUGCAUCUCACAAAGUCCUCCCUGGAGAGUGGAGACAUGUUGUGGGUUCACAAAACAUUUUUCAGAAUAUUAAAAGACUUUCAAGUGCUCGUGCUUCUAGAGCUGCUACAGCAACCAGAAAUGACUUUAAAUCAUUUUUUAUGUCUCCUUUGGGAAAGCUACCAUGGCAAGAUAAUGUAAUACAACGAGGUUUUCUUAACUAAAUGAAUAUUUAAUUGUAUGAAAUAAUAGAUUGUUACUUAUAAAACAUAGAAAGUUAUUGGUCUA